ACAGAUCCGGAUCGAAGGAAGAACAGGCGUAUUUGUUUUCAGAUGGGACUCGAUCUAAGUUGAACUGAAUUUUAAUUAAAAAAAAAUCACUCAAGCGAAAGCGAAAGUGGCCGAUGAUCAAUAGUUAACUUCCUGCGAAAAAAAAAAUCUGUGAUGGUUUUGUUUGAAAAGUUUAAUUGAUGGCUUUUGCUGUGUAUCAUAAUGGCGAGAAAAAUGCUAGCAUGGGCUUCAAGCUUCCAGGGGACUCAGAAACUGAGUUACCAGCCAACAGGAUUCACUCCAAUGGGACGUACUGGUCAAAGUUAGAUGCCAAGUCAUGGAUUCCCUUUCUGUUCAGUGGCACAUGCCUCCUCUACUGUGCCAGAGUAACACUGCCCAUCUGUGUAUCUGCCAUGGCGGAACAAUUCGACUGGGACAAGAAACAGUCUGGAAUUGUACUUGGAAGUUUCUUUUGGGGCUACUGUCUGACACAAAUAUUAGGUGGCUACAUCAGUGACAGAUUGGGUGGAGACAAAAUUCUUAUGCUUUCAACUUGUGCCUGGGGAUCAGUAAUCUUGUUGACUCCACUUCUCGUGUACAGGAGCUCUGCACCGAUUGUUCUUUUGACAGCAUCCAGAUUCCUUAUGGGCUUGUUACAGGGUGUAUUUUAUCCAUCCCUAACAAGUUUAUUCUCCAAUAAAGUGCGAGAAUGUGAUCGAGCAUUUACCUCCAGUACUGUCUGCACAGGUGCUCAAGUUGGAACAUUAUUAAUCGGAGCUGUUGGAUCGAUAUUAUUACACAGAUAUAGCUGGGAGACUGUUUUCUACUUCGCUGGACUUCCUUCCAUAUUAUGGGCCUAUUGCAUGUGGAAAUAUUUCCUUAAAGGGGAAGACCAGAUAAUAUCUUUGGAAAGUUUGGGCAACAGACUAGUGAAUUCAAAGAACAAUAAAGUGCCAUGGAGAAAAUUGCUUAGAAGCGCUCCUGUCUGGGCUGUCAGUGUAGCUCAUGUUUGCUUGGGCGGGACUUUUUUCUGCCUUUUGUCAUGGAUGCCAACCUUCUUCCAUGAUUUAUUUCCUGAAUCUAAGGGUUGGGUUUUUAAUGUAGUCCCAUGGGCUGUUGCCAUUCCUUUUUCCUUGUUUGGUGGCUUUCUGACUGAUCAUCUGAUCAGACUUGGGUUUGACACUGCUAGGGUGCGUAAGUUAAUGCAGGUGAUUGCCAUGGGGUUAUCCAGUGUCUUUACCAAAUUAUUGAGUUACUCAGGCAACUAUUACCAAGCCUUAAUAUUUUUGUCUGCUAGUUUAGGACUUCAGACAUUCAGUCACAGUGGUGUUUCUGUAAAUGUUCAAGAUUUGGCACCAUCAUGUGCAGGCUCACUAUUUGGUAUUAUGAACACUGGUGGAGCCUUGUUUGGCGUUGCUUUUGUGUACCUCGCAGGUUACAUCAUAGAGACCUCAGGAUCUUGGCCGUCUGUGUUCACUGUCAUCAGUGUUGUGAAUGCAUUUGGCCUUUCUAUCUUUCUCUGGUUUGGUCAGGCAACACGGGUAGACAUUUAAACAGUGACUUCAAAUAAUAUUGAAUUCCAAAGCAAUGAACAAACUCUUCAAGGGAACAAUGGAAGAAAGUACUUUUAAGAUGUUAAUUUUCUAAUUAUUGUAUACCCAGAAAUGGCGACCAGUUAAUCCUAUCAUUAUAAUAUAUUGUUUAUAAAAAAUUUGCUGCUGAAAUGCUACUUCAAUUGAAAAGCAGUCCUUUAUUUGCCCAGAACUGUUUACGCUUUUUUAGUCAUUUUAUUUUGUUAGAUUUUUACAUGAAUAUUUAUCUGAAUGUAAGAAUAUAAAUGUACGACAAUAAUAAAAUGACUUUUCAGUAAGUUAAGAUACAUAUCAUGCUUUCUAAAAGGGUAAAAGAGGAUUCCAACUUGCAGGGAAUCAAGGUUCAGUUCAGGAAAAGGAUAGCAGGCCUAACCCUUACCCUUUUCACAUUAUCAGCUGCUUUGUCAUUGACCAAAGACUUGCUCUGUGCAUUUUUUCCCCAUUUAGCACACAACAUUUAAUCUAAUAUUAGAACAGGAGUUUACUAGGAAGAUAGAUACCUUAAUGUUCAUUUCUCUCUGAUAAUAGCAGCAUAGCCAUUAUUUCAUUGUUUAUCUUUUUAAUCUUGUUUGCUUAGCUUUACAGCUCAGACAAAAUUUGUAAGCACAAUGUCCAAAGUCUAUUUAUGUAGUUUAUUUUCACUGAGGGCCUCUACAUUGCUGCAUAUCUUUAUGCAAUGUGUUACAUGUGUGUAUAUCAGUUUAUUAGUUCUGAUGUUAAGAAUGACUGGCUUAAACUAAGCUGCAUUCAAAUAUUCAGCCAAAUUUUUCCUGGCCAUUUUGCAUGUGUUAUGUUGACACUGCAAGCUUACAACUACAGUAGAAUCCAAUUUAUUUAUUGUUUUUGUGGUAUAUGAACGGUACUUUGUUGUAAACUUACACAUGAGUUUUGUGAAGUACAGCACUUUCAAACAGUGUCCAGCUAUUUGGACUUAUUUUGCCAUGCAUCAUUUUUCUGCCAUCUCUGGUUGGCUUCUGUAUUGUGAGUUACAAACACAAACAUUGAGCUGUUACGUUUAAAUAUCAUUAAAUCACUUAAUGAAUUACUGCAUAAAAUUAAUUAGUUUAAAUGAGUAAAACUUAUAUUCAUAAAUUCUAUAUUCAGAAUCUAAAACAUUUAAUAUUUUACAUAAAUGUAUUAUUCAAUUUUAAAAUUGUCUUGCAAUUAUAAGAUGUUUAGAUAUUGAUGCUUACUUUCAAAAACAAUGUAUGCAAAUUGAAAAAACUCCCUUUGAGGUGAGUUGAAAAACUUUGAACCAGCUUUAUAGCAAUAAAUUUUGUACUUAA